AUGGCCAACACCAAGGUAAUUGGAGCUGCAUUCUUGAUAUUGCUCCUUGUGGAGCUAUCCUUUGCGGCUAGAUCAUUAAAGGCCAUUAAAGCUAGUGGCGGCCGUGGUGGUGGUAGCGGUGGCGGUGGAGGUGGAGGAGGAGGAAGGGGUGGGUCAACAUCUGGCUCAGGCUCUGGGUAUGGUUCGGGAAAAGGUUCAGGGAGUGGUUCGGGGUAUGGUAGUAAUGGAGGAGGAGGUGGUGGUGGAGGCGAAGGUGGAGGGGGAGGUGGCGGUGGUGGAACGGGUUUACAUGGUGGUUCUGGGUCAGGAUAUGGGUCAGGAUAUGGCUCCGGAUAUGGAUCAGGGGGAGGAAUUGGAGAAGGUGGAGGGGGAGGAGGUGGUGGUGGCGGAGGAGGUGGUGGUGGUGGAGGCACUGGAAAUGGUGGGUCUGGUUAUGGGUCGGGAUAUGGAAGUGGAAGUGGAUAUGGGAGUGGAGGUGGCGGCGGAGGUGGAGGUGGAGGCGGCGGCGGCGGCGGCGGAGGAGGUGGUGGUAAUGGUAGUGGUAGCGGGUCUGGUUAUGGGUCAGGCUCAGGCUAUGGCAGUGGAGGUGGAGAUUAUUGGGAUUCACCAUGA